UUUAUUGCAGAAGAUGGUAAUGAGAAGUUUUGGCAGUUCUUGGAAACGGUACGAGAAUUAACAGUCUACAAGCAAGGAGAUUCAGAGCAUUCCUAUUACAAUUUAAUCUUGAAGAAAGCAGGACAAUUUUUAUCCAAUUUGCAAAUCAAUCUCCUGAAGUUUGCACUUUCCAUACGGGCAUAUUCUCCAACUGUUCAGAUGUUUCAGCAGAUUGCAGCUGAUGAACCUCCACCAGCAGGCUGCAGUGCAUUUGUGGUUAUCCAUGGGAAGCACACCUGUAAGACUAAUGAAAUAAAAAAGCUUCUGAAGAAGGCUACUAAGAGACCCAGGCCAUACCUUUUUAAGGGAGAUCAUAAAUUCCCAACUCUCAAAGAGGAUGUCCCAGUGGUUGUUCUUUAUGCAGAAAUGGGUACAAAAGACUUUGUCAAAUUCCACAAGAUUUUAUCUGAGAAGGCGCAAAAGGAGGAAAUUGUUUAUGUCCUCCGGCAUUAUGUUCAGAAACCAAGUUCCAGAAAAAUGUAUUUAUCUGGAUAUGGUGUAGAACUUGCGAUAAAAAGCACAGAAUACAAAGCAGUAGAUGACACACAGGUUAAAGCAAAUGACACCAAAGAAGAGGAAGAGGAGGAGGAGGAGGAGGAAGGUGAUGUCCAAGGAUUUCUCUUUGGCAAAUUAAAACAAAUGCAUCCUGAUUUGAAAAAUAAUCUGAAAGAGUUUAAAGAACAUCUAAUUGGAACUACUGACAACAUGGAACCGCUGAAGGUUUGGGAGCUACAAGAUCUUAGUUUUCAAGCAGCUGCUCGAAUUAUGUCUACCCCUGUUUAUGGUGCCUUAAAGGAAAUGAAAGACAUAGCUCAGAACUUCCCAAUAAGAGCCAGAUCACUGACUAGAGUGCCUGUAGACAAGAAAAUACGAAAUGAAAUAGAAGAAAAUCAGAAGCAUCUUCAUGAAAUACUUGGAAUCCAACCUGGAGAAGCACGUUUAUUUCUAAAUGGCCUUCAUAUUGACCUGGAUUUUCAUGAUCCAUUUAGUAUCUUAGAGACUCUUAAACGGGAAGGAAAAGUGAUGCAUGGCCUUCAUGAACUUGGAAUCAAAGAGGAGAUCCUGAGUAAAUUUAUGAGGUUGCAUAUACAUCCUGCAGAUGACAGUUAUGCACUAGAUAUUCGUCACUCUUCAAUAAUAUGGGUUAAUGAUAUAGAACAAGAUAACCGCUAUAGCAUGUGGCCUGCGAGCUAUCAGGACCUACUAAAGCCUGCAUUUCCCGGAGUUAUACAGCAGAUUAGACGCAAUUUAUAUAAUUUG